GAGUGCGCCUGACCUCUUGGAUGGUUCCCUUGGUGGUUUGACGUGCUUGAAGGCUCACUAAAGAUUUGAACAAGCAAUACGUUUUUGUUUUUUCAUUAUAAACUCCCCUGCAGAUCCUCCGUGUGGUGACAGCACCUCCAGUGCCGUGGUAGCAGGGAACUCCUCUGACAGUAGAAUAGCUGCAAGGGAGAGGCUGCUUUGUAUGCAGAUCUCGAUAGGCACCUACCAAUGGAUAUACCAGGAGCCUGAGAGGGUUCUGGAUGUCAAUGAAAGUGACAGGAAGCAAGGGGCUACUGUAACCUUAAGAGCAUCACUGAAACUAGCAGAAAGAAAGGGGACAUUCAGAGGCAGCAAUGUCUAAUGGUUAGAGCAGAGCUGGGCGUUGCAAGAGCUGGAUUCCAGUCUUGGAGCUGUCAUUGAUUUGCUAUGUGACCUUGGGGAAGAGCAUCCUUGGCCCUUAGGGAGUGAAUGGUGUGUGUGCGUCUCAGCUCGAGGCACUGGUAGCCCCAGAUACUUGGAUUACUAGGAGAUCAGUGCCACCUGUAACUCAGAGGGCAGAUAAAAUGGAGAGUGGAAGAUUAUCCAGCACAGAACAGGCGCUGAUCCGGGAGAGCUGGCAGAAAGUGAGUAGCAACCUCCUGCAGCAUGGCAUCGUCUUGUUUACCAGGUUGUUUGAUCUGGACCCUGACCUGUUGCCCCUUUUCCAGUACAAUUGCAAACAGUUCUCCAGCCCUCAGCAGUGCCUCUCAUCACCCGACUUCCUGGAUCACAUUAGGAAGGUGAUGCUGGUGAUAGAUGCUGCUGUGACCCACUUGGAGAACUUGUCCUCUCUGGAAGAAUAUCUCACCAACUUGGGCAAGAAACACCAGGCAGUUGGUGUGAAGGUGGAUUCUUUCUCGGCAGUGGGAGAGUCCUUGCUGUUCAUGCUGGAGAAAUGCCUCGGUACUGCCUUCAGCCCGGACGUACGGGAGGCUUGGACCAGGCUGUAUGGUGCCGUGGUGAAAGCCAUGAGCCGUGGCUGGGAUGCACGUAAAGAGGGGGAAUAGUCCUAGCAAGUUUAGGCUCUGGCUUUCCUGUUCCGAACCCAGCAGCAGCUCCGAGGAGAGAGUUGACUCUCCCUUCCAACCAUGCCCAUUCCAGGGCCAGCUCGGUAGCCCUCUCUGUCUUGCUUUGGUAUUAUCCACGUCUUUGCCUCUGACGAUGGUCAAUGUGUUCCCACCCCUUAAUUACAAUGAGCCCUUGCAUCCACUUCCAGGGGGCAGGGUAGAGCUGGGCUCAGCACGCAGAGAUGGAAUGAGCUUGUCACAAACUGAAGCUGCCUUUCCUCAAAUUCCAAUAAGUUUGUCUCUCCACCUAAAUAUUCUCCUGGAGUCACUGCAGGUCGGCUAAUCCUUGCUCUUUAUUCCCUCUGCAUUUGCCCUAGAAUAGAUCCCAGGCCCAUCCUCAUGUAAGGUUAAUCACAGCUGUGUGUAUUUCCUAGGGAGAGGCUGAGCAGUGUAGCUUUUUGAACGUGGAACUGGGUUAAUCCUAGUGUCAGGCGGCUCUUACCAGGUCUGAGCUGCUAGCUGGCUGGAUUUGGAGUGACUUGGCUGGCUAAUUUAACCUGAAAGCCAGCUGAAAUGCAGCAGCUACCAGUGCUUUUUAAAAUGUCUUCCCCUAAAGUAAAUUACAUAAAGUAAGUACAAAUACAGACUUUGUAUUAGAAUUAAAGUGACAGAUGCAGCUUUCUCCUGGGAGCAGCUUCCAAAAAUCAUCCUGGUUCUUGGCCAAAGAGAAUAUAGCUGGAAUUCUUCCCAUUUACUGAUCAUUUAUAUAUUUAUAGCUUCCUGGGCCCUGCGGGAUAACUCCUACCCAUCACUGAAAUGCAGCCACUCCUGGGGUGGAAUAAGACGCCUGAUUAACAGCAUACAACAAUGCCGUGCCCCACUUUAGGACAGGAAUUGAGUAAGAAUCCAAUAUCCAAUUGAAAAUACGGGAGGAAUGUUCAGGAGGUAGAAUGUAAUUACUUUAAUUGGAAUUUGACCUGAACCCCGGGAAUAAGAUCCUGACUCCUGUGAAAAGUGUCGCAUGGGAUUUUAAAUGACCCCACGUGGCUAGGAACUCGGUUUUAUGUCUUAUCUGCGACAUUCCUCCUCCAGAAGUACAGCGCACCCUGUCUGGGGCGUUGGUACUGCCUGAGGGAAGAGCACAUCUUACUGAACGUCCAGCACUGCUUCCUAUAGGACCUGGAUUUUCCAUGCAGAUCUCCCAUCCGAGCAUGGACUAGCUAUGACUCACUGUUCUGUUAAUGUAACUGCUACCCAGUGCCCUCAUGACCCUCACCUUGUAACAAGAGCUCAUGUCUGUGGUUUUGGAGCAGGUCUGUGCCAGUUGGCCAGUUAGAGAAUCCUCAGUUGCAUAUUCUAGGGAGGGUAGUAUGGGUGUCCUGGAUAUGAAAUGCUCACUGAGUUCACUGCAUCUCUGAUGGCUGCAGCUUCCUUUUAGCCAGAGGGAUCCUCGUCUUCUCUCCUUAUAGGUUUUUGGGCUCCACUCUUUCCCUCUUCUGCAGACUCUGACUAUGGCACCAGAUCUCCCCUCUUACUACUCUCUCUCUAUGGAAGCCAAGCUGGGUGGAUGUGGUAGCUCUCCUCUAACCUGCAACUCCUGGCUAGUUAGGGAGGGGGAAGCUGGGCCUGGAUCCAGGAGAACAGCGCAGGCUGUGCCUGUAUAUCCCAGGAAGGGAGAGUUAGGUGCUCCCCUGUGGAAUUUUGAAAGGUGAUCAGUGCAUAUCCAAUACCUUCUCUGCUGCUGUAAACCUAUGAGGUCAAAGACUUGUUUGUGCGUGCUGUGGCUGGGUGGGCAGCUGCGUGUGCUGAAUAGAUGUAUGUGAGUAUGAACGACCCCCUGUCCAGCUUUCAUAGCCCCUUAAGCUCACCUGCUCUCUGCCAUGUUUUGUGUAAUUCCUAAGAGAAAUAAAGCAGCUGUCUGUGUAU